AUGUCCCUCCCCUUCAAAUCCCAAAUCUGCCUCAUAACAGGCGCAGCCUCAGGAAUCGGCCGCGCAACCGCCAUCAAACUCGCCUCCCUCGGAGCAACGCUUUCCAUACAAGACAUCAAUCCCACGGGUCUCCAGGAAACCCUCGAAUUAUCAUUACGUCCUGAAGGAACCGAACAACAACAACAACAACAACAACAACAACAACAAGGAGAACACUACCACGAAACCUUCGACGUAUCGUCCUCUCAAGCCUGCAAUACCUUCAUCACCAACACGAUGCAGACUUUCGGAAAGAUAGACCACGUCUUCAACUGCGCGGGCGUGAAUCCCACCGCGUACCCCUUGACCGACACAACGGAUGAGUAUUUUGACAGGUUGGUCGGUGUGAAUCUCAGGGGGACGUAUAAUGUCACGCGUGCGGCGAUGGCGGUCAUGAAAGAAGGAGGAAGUAUGGUGAAUGUAUCCUCCGUAAUGGGCAUCACGGUAGCUGCGGAGUAUGCCAUUUAUUGUGCUACGAAAUUUGGCAUCGUGGGCUUUACCAAGGCUAUGGCGAUGGAAUUGGGUCCAAAGGUAAGUAAGCUGGAGCAACUAGCAUGUGCUGCUCUUUUGCAGAUCUGAUGAUAUGAUGGUUGAUUGCGGAUUAGGGUAUCCGCGUCAAUGCCGUUGCACCGGGUUAUAUUAAUACCCCGACGAGUAAGGUCCCUUAUGUUUUCAGUUCGCGUCCUGCAAUCUGACGUUUACCAUCAGAUGCUGGCGUAUUAGCCGGUCCUGAAGCGGUGGCAGAGCAGACCAAGAAAGUCGCCCUGGGCCGAAUGGGUACAACAGAAGAGGUUGCUGAUGUGGUUGCGUUUCUGUUCAGGUGAGUCCAACUGAGUUCUCCAAGCACUAGUUCAAGCGUCGUGCUAAUGUAAAUCGCUCCGUCAGCGACGAAGCAAGAUACGUGAAUGGAAGCAUCGUCGAAAUCACCGGUGGCCGCACGUAA